CUUCCCAUACAUGAGCUAGACACGAUGGUCUUUUGAGUUUUUACCAAAAAUCUACUAGGAUCUGUUGUUUCUCGACCUUGAACUGGAUCAUGUAAAUUUUGGAAGGUCAUGCCGACGGCUGGUGAAGCGACACUAAAAUCGCAAUCGUUAAAAAAGACUGCGAAAGAUGCCAGAGCUUCCUCUAAAGGAAAUAAGAAGGCAAUUAAGCCCAGAUCUGCUAAUACUGGGGAAGCAAAAAAGGGCACGAAGACUACAUCAAAACGAACUUCAGGAAAAAGUUCUAUUCCAGUACCUGUGAAGAGAGGACUGAGGGGAAAAGAAAAUGCAGAUCCAAAUGUGGAUCCAGUCAAGCCCAUCAAAAAAUCCACAAAAGUCAAAAAAGCUCCAGACUUCAGGAAACUUCAUCAAAAAUGGGAAAACCAGUUUUCCAAGGGUAAAGCAGUUGCAAAGAGGAAAAACACAAGGUUUGAACCCUUUGACCUUGCCAUAGGCAGCCAACAAGGUCACAGGUCUGAAAAACCAUUCAUCUAUAACAGUGGAGAUGAACAGGACCCUGAUGCCAAGGAUGAGGAUGAGGACUUUAAGAUUGACAGCACAGCUUUGAAAGAAAUUUUAAGCAAUACAGGAAUUAAGGAUAAGGAUCGCCCAAUUACUGGUCGAGCGACAAUUGCGGGGAUACCCUCAAGCAAAUCGGGCCUAACAACUCACGUCGCAGAAGGGACUGCUACGAGAACUUCAAUUUACUACACGGGACCGCCAACCCAACAUGCUUUGGAAGCGUCAAGUUCUGCGUUGUGUACACCACGUGCUGCACUGACCGGUGCGUCUUCCCUGAAACAGCGUCAAGUUGACAAUGCACUUACUAGGUCCCAGGCCUCCUCUUGCGUUAAGAAACAGGUAGCCUGGGCAGACGAAGAAAACGAAGAAUUCGAAUUUCAACCUGAUAGCCAGGCCCUACAAAGUAUUCUUAGCAACACGGGGAUAACUUUUAACCAAUCUAGCGCCCAGCCCACCAGCCGGGUGACCUUAGCAGGCGGGCGGGUCACUUCAUACCGCAGGACACGACAGUCCUUUAGGGAGCCUGAACCUCAAAGGACGUCCAUAUAUUAUACGGGCCCCAGACUCACUCGACCAAUCCCUAAAGCUCGUGGAAUGGGUCGAACUUCUGUAUUUGGCACAAGAAACAUGACUGCUGGCUCCGCUUUAAGUUCACAGAAACUUACCAUGUACGAUCCAUUAGCAACAAUUGUUGGCAGACAAGGACAUCAAGAACUCGAAAACAAACCAAUUGUCAGUUCAGGAGCAAUGAAGGUUGCUUCAUCAAGCGACGAACCAAACCCUCAAACCGUGAAUGGAAAUCUUCUGUUUACACCCGCACGUGAACAAGUAUCUAGUGCUAAGUUCGUCUCUACCAGAAAUCAACCAAGUUGGGCAGAAAUUUUCACACCGCAACGAGGCAUAAGUACCCAGGAUUCCGCAGUACGGGCUGUUCGUUCGCAAGCUUUUCACGAGCCACUACGGACUCCAGUGAACCAGCCAGAUCUUCAAGGGGAUAUUUGUACACCGCAGCGGAUAACCGGUGUUCGAAAUGCCUCGUUAGCACAAUUGCCUUCUCGACAACAACAAUCCGAGACUGUAGCGACACCAGUUAAGCACGUUGCCAUUCAUUCCGAGUCGUUUAGCCCAGACCACCCACCCAUUUGGUCCGAGAUGUUUACACCACAGAACGCUACGAGACACCCUGAAGCAAUGAUGACGAGUCCCACAAACAAUCCUCCUUCUACCCCUAUGUGGCAAAAUUUUUCGACGACCCAGAGGUCUGGCUCCACUCAGGACCUCGGUUCUAGGCUCCGAUGCUCCACGGUAGAAAUUACAAGUUUCAAGCCAGACGUAGAUACGAGCUGUUAUUCAAUGGAGGAUCCACAAGAACCCAAGCAGAUGGCUGACGUCCAAGAUGGGCGAUUGAAGUUAACUACGCAACAGGAAGAGGAUGGCAUCACUCGGCUGGAGCGUCAAGCGCUUGAAGAUUUAGGAUUGCUUAAAGUUACUGAGGAAUCACCAAAAGAUACUCCAGGCCCUCCAGGAAAUAUUAGGGAGAAUAACAAUCUCAUGCGAUCGCCAAUCUUUGAUAAUUGGAUAAAUGAAUCUAAUACAAAAAAUCCGAGAACCCCUGCCAAUAGUCAAACAAGCCCACGGUCAGUAACAAUAAGUCGGUCAGCCGGGAUUGCAAGUGAACUUUUUAGGUCGUCAUGUAAGUCAACACCUCAAACCUCAUCGAGUUCUCAUUACUCGAGGUUCUCUCCGGUAGUGAGGUUAGCCACCCCCACUCCUGUGGGGCAGUCGUCAACGAAUUCCCAUAGCGCUUUGUACAACUGGUCCCAACAAGGUGUAAGGGCAACCUCUGCCAUUCAAUUUAAUUCGACUCCUCUGUAUUGUCACCAAGAUGUGCCAGCAAAUAAUGCUCCCCGCGUCGAUGACAAUCACAAAUGUGACGGCUUUCUUCGAAACCCUGUGAAUUUACAAUAUUCUGCGGUAAAUCAAACUCAGUGUGUGACGCCUACUCCAGUGAAAGCCACAAACCGUGCAGUUUUACAAACUACGCUCGGGGAUGUGGCGAGUCCUGUUCAAACUGCUUCACAACAAACUUGCCGAACAGUGGCGUCACGCACGAGUCCUACCGACAAAAGAGCAAUGACAAGCCAACGAAAUCUUUCUAAAGAACCAUACAAUCGCCCUGUACAAGUGGUAUCACCAACUUCAAAAACACAGAGAUCUACGUACACCCCCUCUGACAACAGGAGCCUUUCUCUUAGAUCAGCACUGGCCUUUAAUACCAGGAAACUAGGUAGACCCACCAUAGAAGAUUCAUCAACACUCAAUGCCGGUGCAAGUACACGUUUUCGUUGGAAACCGAAUUUGUCCGAGGUUGUCCCGACUGCUUUUCGACCGACGGUUUCUGGUUCCCGAAGAAUACCGAAAACGCUGGCUCAAGAAGCACUGUUAGAUUUGGAAGUUUCUGUUUACAUGACAGCCGGUAAUAAUCGCUUGGUAACAUCAACGUGGAGUGAACGGCCGUUGAACCCCUUGGCCAAAGUUUUCUUGGAGGGAGAUUCCAGGCACUUCCUACCAAUUAAUGACAAUCACUCGCGCUAGUGCAGGAGAGACCGCAGCCAAUUGGUGGCCACGUCGGCACCGACUUCAACUUUUUUACUUGAUUAUGACUUGAAAGAGAAUAUCUUUUUCUUUCGUAGAAAAAAAUACAGAAUUUACCUCACGGUUUGUCCAUCAUUAGCCAUCGUCUUUCUUGUUUGGUUUAUUCUUACCUCUUUAGUUGUGUUUCUUCAUCAAGAAAAUCUCUGUGUUUUAUCAGUUUGGAGCACCUUUUGAUUUAGUGCCGUAAAAAAAAAA